AUGGGGGCGUCGAUCCUGGCCUCUGGCAUGGGUGCGAUGGCGCCGGACGUGCCGGACUUGCAGUACAAGCGGAGUGAUGUGCUGCAAGCCAUGUGCACCAGGGAGGCAGGUGCAGUGGGCGCAGGUGCAGUGGGCGCAGGAGCAGUGGGCGCAGGUGCAGUGGGCGCAGGAGCAGUGGGCGCAGGUGCAGUGGGCGCAGGAGCAGUGGGCGCAGGUGCAGUGGGCGCAGGUGCAGUGGGCGCAGGUGCAGUGGGCGCAGGUGCAGUGGGCGCAGGUGCAGUGGGCUCGGCAGGCACAGGUUCGGGAGGCACAGGUGCGGGCGGUGCAGUGGCUGGGCAAGUGGGCGGGUCGGACGGCACAGGCGGCAUGGGCGGUAUCAUGGACGGCAGGGUUCAGUGGCCUUAUAACAAUGGCUUUGGUCUAGACGCGUGUUUCCAGCCGCGUGUUGUGUGCACCACAGAUGCUGAGGAGAAUCAGUGCAGGGGGGGCGCAGAGGAGUGGUGUGCACGAGAAGAGCGUGGGGAGGGGAGACACGAGAGUGAGGCCGGCGGCCUCGAACACGAUGUGCACGACGAGUGUGGUACGGAGGAUGAGUGGUUGCCUCGGAGCCAAGGCAUCCGGAGUGGUUCGGCGCCGGACCAGAGGAUCAAGAGACGCAGCAUGGCGGAGCGGCGGAGGAGAGAGAGGAUUAGUGAGGGGCUGCAGAGGCUGAGGGUGAAGGUGCGAGGGCGAGGGGACACAUGCGCCAUGCUGGAUAGAGCAGUGGGGUAUGUAGAUGCUCUGGAGCGACGUGUGAUGGAGUUAGAGCGGGUCAUUAUGACGGCUGCUUGCUCCAGGAGGAACAUUUUCCCUGGCAAUUCGUUUGCCGGUGGUGCUUUUGCUGGUCGGGGUUUUGCCGGUAGCGUUUUCGUCAAUAAUGCCGCAGAGUUGGCGACGAUACCGGCUGCUUUGGCGUCGGUUCCGACUGGCCUUGGGAAUGAGCCGUGGCUGGACAGAGGGGCUCUGGUCUAG